CCCCGGCGUGGCCAAGGCUCGCGGGCCCGGGCGCGGCCGCCCAGCUGUCGCCGGAGCCCAGCGGAGCGAGCGCGCCAUGGCCGGCCUCAACUCGCUGGAGGCGGUGAAGCGCAAGAUCCAGGCCCUGCAGCAGCAGGCGGACGACGCGGAAGACCGCGCGCAGGGCCUGCAGCGCGAGCUGGACGGCGAGCGCGAGCGGCGCGAGAAAGCGGAAGGAGAUGUGGCCGCUCUCAAUCGCCGCAUCCAGCUGGUGGAGGAAGAACUGGACCGGGCUCAGGAGCGACUGGCCACAGCCCUGCAGAAGCUGGAGGAGGCAGAGAAGGCUGCAGAUGAGAGUGAGAGAGGCAUGAAAGUGAUAGAGAACCGAGCCAUGAAAGAUGAGGAGAAGAUGGAGAUCCAGGAGAUGCAGCUCAAAGAGGCCAAGCACAUUGCCGAGGAGGCUGACCGCAAAUAUGAGGAGGUAGCUCGUAAGUUAGUCAUCCUGGAGGGCGAGCUGGAGAGAGCAGAGGAGCGUGCGGAAGUGUCCGAACUAAAGUGUGGCGAUCUGGAAGAGGAGCUCAAGAAUGUCACCAACAACCUGAAGUCACUGGAGGCUGCAUCUGAAAAGUAUUCUGAAAAGGAGGAUAAAUAUGAAGAAGAAAUUAAGCUUCUGUCUGACAAGCUGAAGGAGGCUGAGACCCGAGCUGAGUUUGCAGAGAGGACAGUUUCUAAACUGGAGAAGACAAUCGAUGACCUGGAAGAAAAACUUGCCCAGGCCAAAGAAGAGAAUGUGGGCUUACAUCAGACACUGGAUCAGACACUAAAUGAACUUAACUGUAUAUAACCCAAACCAGAAGAGUCCUGUGUUCUGACACCAACGACUCCAGAGAGUAUGCCAUGUCUUCCUCUCUUGUAAGAAGUUCCUCUUGUUACUGUGUCUUCACCUUGUUGAAAAUGCCAAGCACAUAAUGAAUUCAUGACCAAAUAUUUUGUAUCAGACAAGCUUUGAGCACCAUUUAAUUUUCUUUCCUUUUCCUUUCAAUGUCACCAGCUUCUUCAGCUAUUCUCAUUCUUAAAUUGCAUUUAUUCCUAAAAUAGGCAGGGAAUUUCACACUGAGUGUAGUUGCUUAAGGCUGAGGGAAUUUGGUUCCUGGGAAUUAGUCAGCUCCAUACUUUCAAACACAGGCUCAAAUAUCUGAUAGUAUCUGGUCGCUGUUGGAGAAGUUAUGGGAGGCUGGGGGUGUUAUAAGAAAAAGUGGGAAUUUUCCACCCAGAACAAAAAUUAAAAACAGGCUAGUAUGGAAGUCAAGCCAUAGCUAGAUAGGCAUGAUCAUGCUGAGUCAGCUCCACACUCCACUGUGCAGAACAAACUUCCUUUAAGCAUUCCAAGUGGGACGCUGAGGUGAUUGCCCAUCUGUCUUCCAGGAAAGCCUUGAUAUUGUUCCAUGCACUUUUUUCUUUUAUUCCAAAAUUGUUCUCUGAGGAGCAAGUGUCUUAUUCCAGGACUUAUCUGCUAUGAUCUAAUGACAUGCUCAAUAGAGCCAGUGGCAAAAUCCAAUACUUUCCAGAUCAACCAUGUCAAAUACUGCUAGCAAAGCCAGGCACAUUGGUGCACACCUUUAGUCCCAGCACUCAGGAGGCAGAGGCAGGAGGGUCUUUAAGUUCCAGGCCAGCCUGGUCUACAGAGUGAGGUCCUGUCUUGAAUAGUAAACAAAAAGACUGCUGGUCAUCAAUACAUUGAGUAGACUGUUCUAAUAUCUACAGUUGGGGUGAAAAACAAGGUUGUUCCAGCAGCAAAAUGUAGAAAAAGAAGUUGGUUUAACUUCAUCUCCAUUGUUCAGGGAACAACAAACAGAAGCUUGACUUUGCCAAGACUUGAAUUCCUUCGGGAAUGACACUAGUACAAGACCAAGAAACUCCUGAUUGAACUGGAUGGGAGUAUUCUGUAGGCUGCACAUUUUUGGGGGGUUGUUGUAGUUUUGCUUUCUAAGUUACCAUCUCAGACUGAAACAUUCCACAUGCCCUAGCAGUGUGGGGACAACUUGAGUUUACAAUUCCAACUGAAAAUUACCCUGCUUCUAGCUUAUCUGAACCCCUGCCCCUCACUCCUAUUUAUUAAGCAUCACACUACCAGGAAGAUGAACUUUUAGCAAACUGUGCAAUUGAAUAAAACCUACUCUGUUCUUUAGAUUCUUGCAAUUGUAUAUGUGAUAAUACCACUUUUUCUACAUUUUGGUCAAAUAAAUUUUUACAUAAACAA